GCUGCCGGUAUAUUCUACGUGUCCAGCCGUGUAAACCUUUUGCGCCUUCUGGUCACACCUGUGCCUUGCCUUCUGCCAUUUCUGCAGUGUCUGUCAGCCCAAGUGUCUUCAAGGGAAAUGGCCAGUCGAGGAACAACUGCUCGACCCAAUGGUCCGGCGGCCGGCAACAAGAUCUGCCAGUUCAAGUUGGUUUUACUGGGGGAGUCGGCAGUGGGGAAGUCCAGCUUGGUCCUGCGCUUCGUUAAGGGCCAGUUUCACGAGUACCAAGAAAGCACAAUUGGAGCUGCCUUUCUAACACAGACCUUAUGUUUGGAUGAUACAACGGUGAAGUUUGAGAUCUGGGACACGGCAGGGCAGGAGAGGUAUCACAGUUUGGCCCCCAUGUACUACCGAGGAGCCCAGGCAGCCAUUGUAGUUUAUGACAUCACCAAUACAGAAACAUUUGCAAGAGCAAAAAACUGGGUAAAAGAACUUCAGCGUCAGGCAAGUCCCAACAUUGUCAUUGCCUUAUCUGGGAACAAAGCCGACCUCUCCAGUAAGAGAGCUGUGGAUUUUCAGGAAGCUCAGGCAUACGCUGAUGACAACAGCCUGCUCUUUAUGGAGACCUCUGCUAAAACCGCAAUGAAUGUGAAUGAAAUCUUUAUGGCCAUUGCCAAGAAGCUGCCGAAGAACGAGCCUCAGAACGCACAAGGUAACACAGGGAGAAACAGAGGCGUGGACCUUCAAGAGAAUAACCCCCCUUCCCGGAGCCAGUGCUGCAGCAACUAAUUCCUGCCCCGCCGUCGCUCUCUCCGGUCACUUCUCUUCACCAAGAGGGUGGGACACAAGCAAACCAAGAAGAUGCACACGACAGAAAUCAAAAUCAAACAGAUCAACAACAACAAAAAAAAAA